CAAUAGAAGAAGAAAACCGUUAUUGGCGGCCCACUAACGCUUUCGGGCUGAACUAUAUCCACCCUAUCGCUCUGACGCUCUCCGUUCGCCAGAGAGAGAUAUCUACCAGUCGGCGCCGAGCAGAUUAGCCGGCGAAAGCACCGGUCAUCCUUCCGCCGAGCUCAUCAUCACCUCCUCUCCUUUCACACUCGAUUCUCCGGAGAGAAAACACUCUCCACUCGAACUUUGAAAACCAUGGCUCCUCUCACGCUAGCCGUGGAUACAACAACGAAGACUGCUUCCGGCGGGAAAAUGCACAUCGCUCAGCUCGAAACCCGCAGCAAGCCUUUCGCCUCGCUCAGCACUAGAGGAGAAGAGGAGAAGCCGUUUGAUUUCUUGCGAACUGUGUUUGAAGGAGUAAUUGCGGGAGGUACUGCUGGUGUAGUAGUUGAGACGGCAUUGUAUCCCAUUGAUACUAUCAAGACAAGGUUGCAGGCAGCUCGUGGUGGUGGACAAAUAGCCUGGAAGGGUCUUUACUCUGGCUUGGCUGGAAAUAUUGCCGGCGUCCUACCGGCUUCUGCUUUGUUUGUCGGAGUAUAUGAGCCAGCGAAACAGAAGUUAUUGAAAGCUUUUCCUGAAAAUCUUAGUGCUUUUGCUCAUCUAACUGCAGGUGCCAUAGGAGGGCUUGCUGCUUCUUUUGUUCGUGUACCAACAGAGGUUGUUAAAACAAGGAUGCAAACGGGGCAAUUUUCCUCUGCUCCGAAUGCUGUCCGGCUCAUUGUCUCAAAGGAGGGAUUUAAGGGUCUCUAUGCGGGAUAUGGAUCAUUCUUAUUGCGUGAUCUGCCAUUUGAUGCUAUUCAGUUUUGCAUUUACGAGCAGCUACGGAUCGGUUACAAAGUAGCAGCACGAAGAGAUCUCAAUGACGCCGAGAAUGCUGUGAUUGGCGCUUUUGCUGGUGCGCUAACUGGAGCAGUGACUACCCCGCUUGAUGUGAUUAAGACAAGACUAAUGAUUCAGGGAUCAGCAAACCAGUACAAAGGAGUGGUGGAUUGUGUUCAAACUGUCAUUAGGGAGGAAGGACCUGCUGCUCUUCUUAAGGGCAUAGGGCCAAGGGUGAUGUGGAUAGGAAUUGGGGGUUCGAUCUUUUUCGGUGUGUUAGAGAGCACAAAGAGGAUGCUUGCAGAGAGGCGACCCUCUUCAUCUCCUCCACAUUUGAACCCGAAGCAGGAUUAGGGACUUCCUAGGAUUGAGAUUAGUUCUUAACAUGCACAAGCAUCUUUUUUCGCUCAUGCCUUUUGUUGUGGUCUUUAAUACGUUAGUCGAUGUAACGUGAAUCAAUAUCUUGAUAAUCA